AUGAGGAACCCCGUGGCCUGCGUCUCGUGCCGCAGCGCGAAGCAGAAAUGCCUUCACAACGACGCGCCGCCAUGCGAUCGGUGCAAGGCGUCGGGCAGGGCCCAUCUCUGCGAAUUCCCCCCGCCAGGCACAUCCGCCAUCCAUCGACGACCAAAGCGACCGCGACAGGACUCGGGCUUGACACCUCCCUCCGCCUCUGCAAUUUCUGCGGCGAGCCCUACGCACCAGUAUCGUCGCAGCGAUGCGCCCAACGGCAUCAGCCCUCCAAGUAAUCCCAACGGCCCGCCGACGCAUAGCCCGGCCUCGACGUCAUCGCUGCUCGACGGCCUCGACCCGUUCGAGCUGCUCACCGACGAGGUCAAGAAUAGCUACCUUCGCUGCGCGUACAAAUGGAGCUUCCACCACACGCCGACGCUGCUGCUGCGCAUCCGCGACCGCACGCUGGAGAUCUGGAUGGCGUGGGCGAUGCUGGCGCUCGCCAUCCGUUUCGUGAAAGAACCUCCAGCGCCCUUCAAGACACAGACCGAGGCCAGCAACGCCUUCGCCGCCCAUGCGCGCCAGAUCCUGCAGUCAGACCUCGAGACCCCGAGCAUCAGUCGCGUGCAGGCGCUGUUGAUGUUGACUGGACAUGACUGGGGCGCCGGCAAUGGGCGGAGGGCGUGGAUCUAUCUGGGAAUGGCGAUCAGGCUGGUCGAGGUCAUGGAUCUCUGCCAGGAGCCAAAGCUGCCGCAGAGCCGGCCGCCGACGUGUGAGGAGUUCAUCGACGCUGAAGUGCGCCGCCGCACCGCCUGGACCUGUUUCCUCAUGGACUCGCUGCUCAGCGGCGGCAAGGGGCGAAAGCGGUCGCUCGAUGCCGGCGACAUGACCAUCCAGCUGCCCUGCGAGCGCGAGAGCUUCGUCUUCGGAGAGCCCGUCUGCACCGAGCGCCUAGACGGGAGCCUGCGCAUGCCUCCCCUUUCACAGCCCGUCGGCGAGCUGGGCAUCAUCGCAUACAGCAUGCGCGCCGCCAACAUCUGGGGCAAGGUCGCCCGCUGGGCCUGCUCCGACGUAGUCAACACAGAGCUUCCGUGGUCGCCGUCGUCGGAAUUCCAGCAGUUAACCUACAAUCUGGAAGCGUGGAAGAAGUCGCUACCCCCGCGCCUGCAGUACGACUUGUUCUCAUUGCACUCGCACAACGCCGUUGACCAGGGACAAGCGUACUGCUACAUGCAUUCUAUCUAUUUCAUGUCAUACAUGUUCAUGCAUCGCGCCUAUCUGCCAGUUCUGGGCCCGCAGAACGGCACCGAUGAGGCACCGCGAUCGUACAAUGAGCAUACGGACAUGUGGAAGAGCUGGCAGAAGACGUCUCGCAUGGAGCUGUUUAAGGAAUCGACCAUGGUUCUGGACAUGCUCGAGGAGAUGCGGACCUUUGGCGUCUACUUCCUCCGCGGCCUAGUGCCGUGGAUCGGCUUCACCAUUUACACGGCGGUGGGCGUGAUGCUCUACAGCUUCAACUUUCCGAGCGGUGACGACGACCCGAGCAUCGCCGAAAAGGCUCGAGAGCGCGUUGUUCAGGGCUGCGUCUUUCUAAAAGAGAUGAAGACCCAGUGGCCGAUGGCAGAGACAUGGUUUGAGACCAUCAAGCGCAUGCAGGUUUAUUACCGUACCGUGCAUGCGGAGGAUGGUCCAGUCUCGCCUGAUGAGCGACAGGCCCUUCGACGUGCAAUGAUUGACUAUGGCGCAUUGCAGCCGUCUCCCGUCCAGAAGCCUGUCGACUCCAAGCCCGACGCCACAAUUGUUCGAGACAGUCAUGUCAUGCCGAAUCGAAUGAGCAUCGCUGACCUCCAACAGCAUCCCCAAAAUGUGCCACCUCGGCCGAUGAUAUCCCCACCAACCUCGACUCCGAAUUGUUAUGCAAACUCAUUCCAAGCUUCUAUCCCAACCCUAGAGACAGAGGAAACCUUUGAUCUUGACUUCGAUUUCUCGAACGCCGAUAUGGAGGCAAUGAUGAUGAACGCAACGCAGGAUUUCUGGGCUUCGUUUCCGGGUGAGGUUGGGGUGGGCUAUACUUAG